ACCAUAGCAGCUGGUGAACUACCUAUACACCCGCAGAUCACACCUGGCUUUUCAGUCGCUGGCGUCAUCCUGAUAGCGUCCGGUGUUGCCUACGCGAUGGUUGGUAUCAAGACACGUUGGCUGCACUGUUUCUUCUCAGUGGGCUACCUCGCUGCUCUUGGUGUCACGGUGCUCAUUCUCUACGUGAUGGACCCGCCGAUCAGCAAGAGUGUGCAGGGAGCCUAUGUCGUCGCGGCGGCAGGAUCUGGAGCUUUGCUGGGUGGUGGCUCACUCGUAUUUAAAGACGUUCUCGAGUGUCUCGGGUGUCUGCUCGGUGGCUUCUGCCUCUCCAUGUGGCUUUUGACCCUCAAGGCUGGAGGCCUUCUCGGCACUGGCGGCUCUGGGAAUGUCAUCUUCAUUUGUCUCUUCUCUGCCGCAGGCUUGGCUGCCUUCUUCAGCCGUAGGACGAGGGCCUACGUCAUGAUCGGGUGCAUCGCCCUCAGCGGGGCUACAGCAGCCGUCAUUGGCAUUGAUUGCUUCAGCCGUGCUGGCUUAAAGGAGUACUGGGCCUGGAUCUGGGACCUGAACGACAAUCUCUUCCCGCUCGGCGCCGAUACCUACCCCCUCACGAGGGGAAUCCGCGUCGAGCAGGCC